AUGGCGACUACAGCCGCCAGCGGGCCACCGACGACGCGCGUCGACGUCCCCUCAUGGAACGGCGAGGCAGACAAGUUGACGAGCUACAAGUUUGAGGUCUCCAUGUUCACCAAGAGCAUCAAGACUGCGGAGCGCUACGUGUGUGGCCCGCAGCUGGUGCGCGCCCUCGGGGCGCGAGUCCGGACGACGGUGGAGAGCUGCCCGGACAUCGACACGGUCGACGAGAUCGACAAGGAUGGAGUUUUGAUUGGUUGGAACAAAGUGUUUCAGUACGUAUUGGAGAAGCUGGACUUCACCAGCCUGAAUGACACGGGCCUCCUCGCGGAGGAGUUCUUCCUGAAGGUCAGCAGGAACUCGGGCGAGACCUUCCAGGACUGGGCCGCCAGAUUCGAGAAGAAGGAGCGGGAGCUGUUGGUGCAGCUCCAAGUCAUUGAUUCCAGCGUGACGGAAGUGAUUGCGAAGCCUCUUCGGACAUGGUGGUUCCUUCGGAAGUCCAAGCUAUCCCCUGUUCAACGUGGAGAGAUCACCGCCACUGCAGGUGGCGACCUCAACUUUGGUAAGACAUACAAGGCCUUGCUCACGCGCUUCCCGGCGGAGGCGCUGGCGGAGCUCGACGGCAAGCAGCACCGGAGGGCCUUCUAUGAGGACACGCCCGUCGACGACGUUGAGGACGAGACUGGUGGGGAAGAUAUUGAUUUCACAGAGGUUGUCGAGCAGCUGAUCACCCUCGCUGAAGAAGAUGAAGAUGAGGAGCCAGCUGACGACAACCCAGCGGACAACGAGGUGUUCGCAGAGUUCAAGCAGGUGGGCAGGAGCUUCAAGGACGCUCGCGACCUGAUCCGACGCCUUCGAGUGUCCCGCGACUACUACCCGGUCGUGUCGCUCAAGGACCCCGAUCGCGUGCCCCCGCCUCCGAACCCGGGACGAGGCUUCCAGCGUGGCCGUGGCAAGAACGGUCGAGGCCGCGCUCGCUUCGACACGGGCAAGGGACGUGACAUGUCCAAGAUGAAGUGCAUCGCGUGCGGCGAAUAUGGUCAUCGAGCGGCGGACUGCAACGAGAGGUUCAAGAAAGAUAAUACGAGAGAUGGAGCUCGUGGGACUACUCACAACGGCUUCGUCCUGUCCGCCCUCGACGAGUACCUCUACCUCCUGGAGCGCGACGGCAUCUGGGCGAUCCUCGACAUCGGGGCCACGAAGAGCCUCGGCGGCCUCGAGAGCGUCGAGAACCUCAUGUACGAGAUGCUGGACCAGCACGGCCAGGAGUUCGAGACGACACAUGACGAGUGCUCAUUCACCUUCGGCGACGGCCUCCAGAAGAGCUCGAUGGGCACGGUGAAGGGGAACGUGUUCCUCGGCGGCGACCUGACCGAGGUCAAGCUGUCGGUGAUGCCGAACCGCGUGCCGAUCCUCCUGGGCAUGGACAUUCUGACUGACUCGCUGAAGGUUGUGGUCGACUGCGGCCGGAACUGGAUCGGCCUUCCGACCAUGGGCAACAAGGUGUUCUACUGCGAGCGCCUCUCGAGCAACCACCUGGCCGUCAACCUGACGACGCCGCAGUGGUGGAAGGAGGUGCCGCUUUCCUUGCCGAGUGCCGGGUGCCUGACGUCCGAAGCGACGGCGCCCGAUGUUCUGGUGGAGGAGCUGCCCGAAGAGGCCGCUCCCGACGGAAACCUCGGCGGCGCGGACACCUACCAGAGCGACGGAAACUGCGACACGGAGCGGAUCGGCUCGAGCGACGGAAACCUCGAUUUCGUUCGGACGGACGGUCAGGGGAUCGACAACUUCGGCUCCAGCGACCCCGACGCCAACAUCAACAGCAACACCAGCUACUCCGGCAAGAGCCACACGUGUACGAAGGCGACGGAGGUGACCAUCCGGGAGCAGGCAGUGGCUCUACGCUGGCGGCGCCUGUCCAACAAGCUGAACUCCCCGGAGGUACAGGGGGGCUGGAAGUUCACUCCGGAGAUGCUCGACGACUCGGAACUGCCGGAGAUGGACUCGAAGAGGAAACGCUGA